UGUCUGGCCAGUCUAUAAAUAGCCCUAUCAGCUGUUGGACCCAUGUGUGCAGAUGUGCGCUGAAAAUAGCCCGGGAACAGGACCCAGGUUCUAGAUCUCCAUAUCGGUAUCCAGUUGGUACGAAUUUUAGUCGUGGCCAGGCGUGUUCAGAGGUUUACCAGUGCUUGAAUCGGUCAGUAUGAACUGGUCAUACCUGGGGACCGCACUGGUCAUCAUUGUGGCCAUCCGGCUGGUCAAGGCCUACAUCAGCAGCAGAUGGGGUCCUGUUCUGGUGCCCAUGCUGGAGAAGGUUUUUGGCACCACCAAGUGGGAGGAGCUGGUACUGCAGCAUGUCAAGAAACAUGCAGUAGCAGGAGACCCUGACAGUGUCCUGGAGAUCUUUGACAAACUGUGUACAACACGGAAGUGGAACCUCAAGACAGCAGGAAAAAAAGGUGAAAUGAUAGACGGCAUCAUCAAUGACACCAGGCCGCAGGUGUGCCUGGAGAUGGGGACGUCCUGUGGGUACACGUCAGUGCGGAUCGGCCGGCUGCUGGGCCCAGGGGCGAGGUUACUGACCCUGGAGCCCAACCCUCAACUUGCCAAGGUGGCCGAGGAGAUGGUGCAGCUGGCAGGACUGCAGGACAAGGUGACAGUUAUAACAGCUGAUACUGAUGAUGUCAUCCCUGAACUCACCAAGAAGUAUGAUGUCACCGACAUUGACAUUGUGUUUCUGGACUACUGGAAGGACCGUUACAUUCGCGACCUCAAGUUGAUAGAGGAACACGGGCUGCUGAAGAACGGUUUCGUGGUCGUUACGGAGCAGAUAGGUGAGGGCCAGGACACUGACCAUACCGUGGAGUACAGUGCGGGAGCGGAGAAGUUUGAGUGUACGCUGAAGCCGGUGGAUGGGGAUGGUACAAGUGUGGGCAGUGGAGGAGGGCAGCAGCUGCCAUCUUGAGUCAUGUACUGUGCAAAUUCAAAUGUAAUUUUCCCAGUAACGAAAACACUGGCACCACUUUAAGUUCACCAUUAUUCGUGGGGUAACUUACAUCACUUAUUUUCAACGACAUGGAAAUUAGAUGUAUCAAGUCAUCGGAUGGUUCAAACGUUCUAAAAUAACUGCAAUAGUUUGAAAACACUCCAAUUUGAAACCGCUGUCUGUCGAUUUGGUAUCCCUAAAUGCUCUUCCUUUAGGAACAACGGAUAUAGGUUACCCUGCGGAUAAAGGUGAAUCAGUGUUACUAGUGACUAGGUAAAGCUAAGGACACAACCCGUCAUGCAAUUUGUCCGUAUGUUUUUCUGGGAGGCCACGUUCGCCAUGUAUUUCUGAAAACGUGGAGAACUACUGGCAAGAGCAGGGAGGGAGUACGGCAACACAAAGUUUUGCCUGUACGUAAAGUUCUACGGCGUGUCUAGGUGCUUCAAAAUCCGUCGGAUUCCCUACGAGUUUGUACGGAGGCGGCACUUACCUGACUUACGGAUCCCAAAAGAUUGCCCACGUUUUGUCAUGUAGGCAGCACGUAUUUGUACGUACGGCGGGUUGUGCCCUUAGCUCAAGGAUGCUACAGAUGGACAGAACAGUCUCUUUUGAUAGUGCUGGUAUGAUCAACUGUCACUGAUCUAACUGUAUCUCAACCAGCUGGAUAUGUAGCACUUCUUAAUGAAUAUGUACUCAAUGUUCAUAGAUCCAUGUUCAGUUUGUACUCUGUAAUUAUUUAUGCAUCUUCCCUUUAACAGGCACCUCCAACAUGGUACGUAAAUGUUACUUAGCACGUGUAGACAAAGGGGUAGUCCAAUGGUAGUUUUUUUUCCAUAACCCACCCAAUAUGUUUCCACCACCCUUUUGGGAUAAUCAUAAAGGAUUCAAGGGUACUGGGUUUAUCAUGACAUCAAAACCACUGAGCUUGUUUCCCUCAACUCAUCCAUAGACUCAACACUAGACACCCUAUUAUCACUGCUGUGAUUUGCCAUUUCCUUACUUAAAGGCAAGCUACCACACCACAAGUGCAUUUCUUUAACUUUUGCACUAAACUACAGAAAGAUUUUAAGUCUUUCCCAAACCAGAUGGUGCAUAUGUAC